CCGCCCUCCCUCCCGGCGCGCGCCCCUCCUCCCUCUCACCCUCCCUCCUUCUUCUCGGCUCCGUCGCUCCCGCGGCGCGAGGCGCUCUAGCUCUUCUCCACCUCCUCCGUCGUCGCCCCUCCCCCCGCGCAGCCGCCGCCGCCGCCGCCGCCGCCGCGAGACCCCAGCGCGCCGCUCUCCCCCCGCCCUCCGGCCCCGCGCGCCCUUCGGCCCCAGCAGCCCCUGAGGAGAACGAGAGGGCGAGAGAGCGCGGCGCUCCCGGGCCGGCUCGGCCCCCUCCCCUCACCAUCGCCGGCCCUUUGCCGCCCUCCUCCACUUCCACCCCUUCUCCCCCCCCCCCCGCCAAGUUGAGGCCCCCCCCGGGGGGGGGAGGCCCGGGACCGGGAGCGAAUUCCCCUAACUCCUUCAGCCCCUCCCCCCGCCUGGCCCGAGUGUGAGGAAAAGGGCCCGGUCCGGCCCGCGUCGUGUGUGAGGAGGACUCGGGCCGGCCCACGGGCCGUCUGGGGCCUGGUCCGGCCCGCCGGGUGUGUGAAGACAAGCCCGGUGCGGCCCGGGCGAGGACGAGCGGAGGGGAGGGGCCUGGUCCGGCCCGGCCGGUGCGAGAGGACUGGGGCUCCGGCCCGGCGCCGCCGCCGCCGCGAUGGCCCAGCAGCAGAUGACCAGCUCGCAGAAGGCCCUGAUGCUCGAGCUGAAAUCCCUGCAGGAGGAGCCGGUGGAGGGCUUCCGGAUCACCCUGGUGGAUGAGUCCGACCUCUACAACUGGGAGGUUGCCAUCUUCGGACCCCCCAACACCCUCUACGAAGGCGGCUACUUCAAGGCGCAUAUUAAAUUUCCUAUUGACUACCCGUAUUCACCACCUACCUUCAGAUUCUUGACCAAAAUGUGGCACCCCAACAUUUAUGAGAAUGGAGAUGUAUGCAUUUCGAUUCUUCAUCCGCCUGUAGAUGACCCACAGAGUGGAGAACUGCCCUCCGAAAGGUGGAAUCCUACUCAGAAUGUCAGGACUAUCCUGUUAAGUGUAAUCUCAUUGCUCAAUGAGCCCAACACCUUCUCCCCAGCCAAUGUGGAUGCUUCGGUUAUGUUCAGGAAAUGGAGGGACAGUAAAGGAAAAGACAAAGAAUAUGCUGAAAUCAUUAGGAAACAGGUUUCAGCCACUAAAGCCGAAGCAGAAAAGGAUGGAGUGAAGGUCCCCACGACCCUGGCGGAAUACUGCAUCAAAACUAAAGUGCCUUCCAAUGACAACAGCUCAGAUUUGCUUUAUGACGACUUGUAUGACGAUGACAUCGAUGAUGAAGAUGAGGAGGAGGAAGAUGCCGACUGCUACGAUGAUGAUGAUUCUGGGAAUGAGGAGUCGUGACGUGCUCCUUCAGUGCCCCUGUACUGCCCUGCCGUCUCAGGCCAAAGGGAGGGGAGCAAGUGGGGACCUAGCAGUGGCCCCUCAACAAAAACCUAUCACGGGGGUGGGAAAAACAAACACGGCUCCUGCUGACUCCCCUUAUGGAUCUCAGUUUGCUCCUUUUUAUGGACCUCUUAAUGGAGAGAAAGUAAUCCUCCACAGAAUGUCUGAAUUCUUGCAUUCUUUACCCUUCCAUCACUGUAUUGAUUUUUUUUUUUUUCUUCUUCUUCUUCUUCUUCUUUAAACCCAAACUUUUGCCUCACUUCGUCUCUACAGAGUGUUCACAGCAAAAACACCUUUGGUCUGUUUUUAGAUUCUUGAAGAAUUAGUCUUUCAUCAAGACGUUUGUGUUUAAAGCUGGGAACCCAUUGGAAGUUCACAAGUGCUGCAUAUGCUGAGUAGCAAAAGAAAAUGGAAAAAAAAUAUAAAAACCCCACAAAACAAACUUUAAAAAAAAAAAAAAGCAAAUUUGCCAAGAUUUAGCUGCUCAUUUACAUUAGUGUGUGUGCAUUCGAUCAGCCCCAUGGUGGGGAGUUUUGUUUCCUUUCCCAUCUUAAGGCUGAGAUACAGUGGGCAUCAGGGACUUCGUGCUAAGCCUGAUGAAAUGUGUUCCUAAGGGCACAGAGACCCUUCAGCCUCCAGGAUAUCAUCCUAACACCGCAGGGGGCCUCAGCUACUCUGAGAGAAAGAUCAGAUUUUGUUUUUUGAAAUCGAUUGGGAUCUAAAGCCUGAAAUAAAUAUUCAUACUUUACAUAGAACUGAGCACUUGAUUGCUAUUUAUUUUAAAGACAGAGUUGUUACCCUCCCCUCCCCGAGGGAGUGGGGAGAGAGUGGAGACUAGUGUGUGUGUGUGGAGUCUUAGUGAUCGGGAACAAGGAGUUUAAAAUCACUAUGCCAAUUUUGGUUGAUGCUGCUGGGGAAAAAAAGUCAAAACUACUGGUGACCACUGUUGAAUAAAAAAAACAUCUUAUGUGAACAUGGCCUUUCCCUCAAAGAUUUUUAAAAAACCCUCAUGGUGAGAGUGUAAGUAGCCAGUUUUAAUUACUCAGUAUUAAUCCUAGGUGCAUGUGUUAAGAUUUUGGUUUUCAUUGAGCUGCUUAUGCUGAUAGUGAUAGCUGUGGAUAGGAGACACGAGUGACCAGUUUCCGCUUUCCUCGUUGGAUGUGACCUGGACUUUUCUCUCCUUUCGAUGUACUCUAGCUGUGGAGGGCAAGCAGAAGUUGUGCAUGGAGCUUGCCCUGGGCUGCCUUGACUCUUCUAGCAGGGCCGAGGGAAUUGGCUGCAGGCAGUGUCUGGGCAACGCUAGAUCUUCCAACUGUGCUGCAGCUUUGACUUCCCCGGUCUCAAUCACGUGUUACUUCAAUCAAUAUUGAGAUCCAUCAGCCUUCACCAACCAGGGACUUCAGAACUUGGCGGUGAUUUUUGUUUCAUUUGGGAGUGGGCCAGUUCAUAGGAGGGCAGUGUUCUUUCAGUGGGGAAAAUCAUUAUAACGUAAAAUUAGACUUCGGAAGGAAAAUACAGCAGAGACUGGCUACGAUCCUCCUCCAGAUCCCUGUGCACUGGUGUCAACCUCUUCAGAUCAUAGCUCAGAAAGAACCAAAGGGUUGAUGAGGGACAGGGGUAGGAUGGAUCCUAGAACAGAGUAGGUGAUGCUUACUUCCUUAGCUCCUCCUUCCUUUCUGAUCUCAGGGUUUUCAUUAGCUCUUCAAACUCCAAACAUUUGCUGACUAAUGCCCAGCAGACCUCUCUGGCCUCUAAAGUUUGAUUUGGUAUUUAUUAAGUGGGGAUGUUAACAUACAAAGGUUCAUAUGGGACAGUGUUGAGCCUGGUCCCAGAAUCUCUGUCCCAUCCCCAUGGGGCUAGGACUACCUACACCCCUGAAUCUAGUGAUUCCAGUCAGAUUCAGAGAACAGAGCAGCUCUUUGUGACAAAACACUGGCCGCACAUUCUCAUAGAAAGAUGUUGGAACUAGCUUUUUAACACCUCAUGCUUAAAAUCUGCCUAUCUUCUGGAGCUCAAAGUCUCAUAAUGCUCGGAUUACCCCAUCAGCCCCACACACGUUUACAGCUGGUAGCUUGGUCUGCUCUCUUGGAGCCCUAUAAGGCUUUUGUUUUACCCCUUACCGCGAAAGCAUUUCUCUGUCAGGGCAGGCCAGGUGCCUUGGCAUUGCGGAAGGUGCUGUGUUGCUCAGCCCUGUCCCGUUAGGCCCUGUUGGCCUCUGUUGCACGUUGACUCAGGGAGCCAGAGAGCCAAGUGGAGGUCAUACCUCUCAGCCCUUUGGGGUGUUACUGUUGAGGGCUGGGUUUGCCUCUGAUAGAGUACAAUCAAUUCCAGAAAAGACUGGCAUGUGUUGAUUGGCUAGCAGGUAGACAUUCUGGGAACUCAGACUGACCUGUAAAACCCAGAUGCUGGUUCCAGAGCUCUGUCCUGAGAACACAUCCUGUGGCAAAAGAAAACUUGAGCAUGUAAUUUUUUUUUUCUUUUUGAGAGUAGAGGUCUCAGGCUCAGGCCACAACCUUGUAAGUACAGUUGUGAUUAUUUGGUGUUGACAUGAAUUCAGAAUCCUGCAUUUUUUAGAUUCCUUUUGAUUCUAGUGGAGGCCUCUCUGGAUGCUCUUCAGGUUUGUGUGUUUUGAGGCUGGUUGGAGAAAGUAAUAUCACGAUUCCGUUGUUGCUUCUCAAAGUCUUCCCCCUCUAUUUCGUAUCAUUCCAGAGUUCUUUUCUAUUAGCCAAACUUUUCUGUAGUCCCUUCUUUCCUCUUCCCUGGUGAUUACUUGCUUCUUUAUUUGCUGGUUUCCUUAUGUUUGGGACAUAUGCAGUAAGAGACUGAAGGGGAAAGUGUGUAGUUCUCCACUGAAAGUUAACUCCCCACCCCUCCCAUUCUGAAAAAUCGUUUACAUUUACAAAAAGAUUCAGAUGCAAUUUUCAACUAUUCUGAAACCAGCAGGACACACCUGACUUUAAUAGUUUUCUUAGCUGAAAUUGUAGAUGUUUUUCUUCAGUUUAACUUAUGAGAAAAGAUUAUCUGAUGCAUUUUUGUGUUGAACUUCCCCUUUAGUGGUUUAUUUUGUCUUUUUCUGCCCAUCUGUCUACUAAUAAAAUGUGAAAUAAAAUAUACCUGUAUUGCUA